GGUCAGUCCGGCUGGAAGCGACCCAGGGGAGGCAGCAGGAGCAGCAGCCGCGGGGCGGGAAGUCGCUGCCCGGGCGGAGGAAGCGGCCGGGGCCGGAGCCGAGCCCGGCGAUGGCUGCAGCGGGGCCGGCGCAGCUCCAGGUGGCGUUUGAGGACGUCGCUCUGUAUUUCACCCGGGAGGAGUGGGAGCUCCUAUCCCAGCCACAGAAGCAGCUGUACCGGGACCAGAUGCUGAGGAAUUACCGGGCCCUUGUUUCCUUGGGCUAUUCAGGUUCCACACCGGACUUAAUCCACCGGAUUGAGGUAGGGGAGGCAGAGCUCUGGAUCCAGGAUGUCAAGGACUCCAGAGAAACCUCAGGACCUGCGAGCCCCUCCUCAGCAGGGCUCGGGAUCCUGGGGGGAACGUGGACACAGACUCAAUGUGGGGAAAGUGUGGCAGGGAGUCAAGAUUCCACAUCCCACAUAGGGAUCCAUGCACCGGACGCAAUCCAUCCCCAGGGUAAAUUCAGCCAGAGACUAGACCUUGCUACACACCAGAGACUCCCCAUGGGCCAGCGUCCCCACCGCUGCAUCGACUGCGGCAAGAGCUUCAGCAGCCCGUCCGUGCUGACCCAGCACCAGUGCAAGCACACUGGGGCGUGGCUGCACCGCUGCUCUGACUGUGGCAAGGCCUUUGCACGGAGGUCACACCUGAGAAGACACCAGCGCAUGCACACCGGGGAGCGGCCACAUCGCUGUGCUGACUGCGGCAAGGGCUUUGCAGAGAGCUCAGGUCUGAGAAUACACCAGCGCAUGCACUCUGGGGAGCGGCCGUACCACUGUGCCCACUGUGGUAAGGGAUUCUGCAGUUCGUCCACACUGACCCAGCACCAGCGCAUGCACACCGGGGAGCGGCCACAUUCCUGUGCUGACUGUGACAAGAGCUUUGCAUGGCGCUCACACCUGAAAAGACACCAGCUCAUGCACACUGGGGAGCGGCCGCAUCACUGUGCUGACUGCGGCAAGGGCUUUGCAGAUAGCUCAACGCUGAGAAUACAUCAGCGCACACACACUGGGGAGCGGCCGUACCACUGUGCCGACUGCAAUAAGGGCUUUGCAGUGAGCUCAAGCCUGAGGAAACACCAGCGCACGCACACUGGGGAGUGGCCACACCGUUGUGCCCACUGUGGUAAGGGAUUCCCCUGUACCACUACACUGACACUGCACCAGCGCACACACACUGGGGAGCGGCCACACCAUUGUGCCCACUGUGGUAAGGGAUUCCGCUGUGCCUCCACACUGACACUGCACCAGCGCAUACACACUGGGGAGCGGCCGUACUGCUGUGCUGACUGCGGGAAAGGCUUUGCAGGGCGCUCACAGCUGAGAAUACACGAGCGCACGCACACUGGGGAGCGGCCAUAUCGCUGUGCUGACUGCGGCAAGGGCUUUGCGGAGGGGUCAAACCUGAGAUCACACCAACGCACACAUACUGAGGAGCGGCCACACCAUUGUGCCCACUGUGGUAAGGGAUUCCGCUGUGCCUCCACACUGACACUGCACCAGCGCUCACACACCGGGGAGCGGCCGUACUGCUGUGCUGACUGCGGGAAAGGCUUUGCAGGGCGCUCACAGCUGAGAAUACACCAGCGAGCACACACUGGAGAGCGGCCAUAUCGCUGUGCUGACUGCGGCAAGGGCUUUGCAGAGAAGUCAACCCUGAGAUCACACCAACGCACGCACACUGGGGAGCGACCGUAUCACUGUACUGACUGCGGCAAGGACUUUGCACAGAGCUCAACCCUGAGAAAACACCAGCGCAGGCACCAGGGAGCAGCUGCACCACUGUGAUGAUUCUGGUAAGAAGGUCAAAAAAAACCAGUCCACCCACCAAGCACCAGUGCACGCACACUGGGGGGAGGACAUUCUGAUGCGCUGGCUGCAGCAAGAGCUUUGCACAGGCCUCCUCCUUGCUACCACAUUGGUUCAUUCACAACUGAGAGCAGCAGUACAGCUGUGCUAACUGGGGCAAGCACUUUGCUAGAUGGGCCAACCUCAUCCAGCACCCGGUUACGCAUACGAAUGCUGCUCUGCCACCGCCAGGGCCCGAGAGGCUUCUGGCAGCUAGUGCAGACCAGGGAGUGGUCCUGUCCCAGUGAUGCCCAACAGAGAGACACUGGGGGACAUGGAAGGGGACUUGGCUGACCAAGUGUGGGAAAGAGCAGACAGGUGGAGGGAAUUUAGAGCAGAUGGUCACAGCCUACUGCAUUAGUGCCUCAACACUUGGGGUAGGCGGGUGGUUUGAUUUGGUUGUACUUGAAAUGUAUUAUUCUAUUGAAAUACUUAAAGAUGGGGGCCAGCUGUACACCUCAAAGUGCUUUACAAAGCCACUUAGUGCCUCAAUCCCCAUUUUACAGAUGGGGAAACCAAGGCACAGAGAGCCUCACCCAAGGUCAGUCAACAGGCCAGUGGCAGAGCUGGGAAUGGAACUCUGGUCUCCUAGAUCCCAGCCCAUAGCUCAGCCCACUGAACCACACUGCCUUUAAAAACAGCUCUUCAGUGUGUAAUGUCUUGCCGUGCCUUUAAAUGAAAACACUGGGCUUCACACACCCCUUUGUACAGCAUGAAAGAGUAACGUCCCCCACAGCCCUCCAGAUGUCACUGCCAAACUGGGCAAGGGGAGAUCUGACCAGCCAGGAACCCACCAGCUUUUAAUGAGAUGAAAGGAGGGGCCUGUUCCGCAGGGCGUACUAUUGUAUGACUGGUAGGGUUGCCACCUGUCCAGGUUUUGGCUUUGGUGUCCAGGUGCCAUUUAGGGUUUCUGGGUGUCUAGUUUUUGGGAUCUGGCAACUCUAAAUGGUGCCCGAACCAAAAGUCCGGUUCCAGGGUGGGAGGAGGCAGCAGCGCUGAGCAAAGAUGAAGGGGCUGAGGCAGGCGUACCAGAAGGCAAGGGAGGGAAACCCUCACUCUGGUCCUGCGCUGAGGACCUACCACUUCUAUAAGGAGCUGGACGCCACCCUUGGUGGUGACCCCACCUCCACUGCCAAGAGCCCUGUGGAUACUUCGGUGGGGCUGCAGGCGGUGGAUAGGGGCCUCAAGCCCGAACCAAGUCGUGGACAAAGAGGUGAAGUUGGAGAACGUUGUGGAGUCCGGUGGCACGGCGAGUCAGGCGUUCUCCUCUCCGGAGGGGUCUAGCCGUGCUCAGCAGUUUGUGGCCCACAUGACAUGGGAGAGGAGAACCAUAGUAAAUGUUUAUAUUGGAGUUCCUGCUGCUCAGUUAUAUGAGCUAGAACUGUUCUUUCCUAUGUAUACUGUGGAAGUGGGUGAAGGGUUAGAGAAAUUAAAAAUAGAUUAAAAACAAACAAACCCCAAAGCAUGCACACACAGCCCCAGUCCCAAACCCCUCCCAGCCCUACUUCCCAAAACGAAUAAGCAUUCAUUCGAGCCAACUUAUAAACCACCAUAAGCAAACGUUCAAACUAGCUUUAUAGAUGUCACCCACUCACAUACACAUUCAUACUUGUUUUUCAGCAUUAUUUCAUACAGAGUAUGCACACAGCCUAGCUUAAAAGAAAUCUAAUGGUGUUCAAUUGUUCAGUACACCCCAUGUAGAUAAAAUGUAGGGCUAGUUUAAACUAUUUUGUGUUAGGGUUGAUUGCACUUUUUACCAGAGCUAUAAAUGUUGUUUUCUGACCUCUCUACACACAUACAGACACAUAACACUAACAUCCACCCUUCCCUCCUCUUUCUCAAAACAAUUAAGCAUUCACUCAAACCAAACUGCAUAUUAUUGUAUAGAUAAACUACUUUAAGCAUACAUUCAAGUUAGUUUUAUUGACAGUUAAGUCUCACGGAACAUCAUACUUGUUUUCGGCAGUAUUUUAUACAAAACACACACACACAGCCUAAUGUCAGUUAAAUCUAACAAUACACCCAUGUAGGAGACAAAAUGCAGACCUGGAUAUUGACUUAUUUGGCACAUUUAGCAAAAUACUAAAAAAGAAAUAAGAAAAUCAUGAAACACUUAGGCCUGGCAGAAGCUAUAAAAAGCCCUAGAAGCAUCUGCAUUUUGCCUCUUUCCUGCACCGAUAUCUGGACUACAGACUUAUAAUAAAAGGAGCUUUCUAACUAA